GUAGAAGCGGAAAUAGAUUUAGAAUAGGUACAAUUAAGUAGGUUUACGCAAUGUGAUUUAAACACCACACAUCAUUUAGUAAUUCAUCAUUUCUCUUGGAUCUUUAUGAUAGUGUGCACGGAACAAAGUUGAUUUAGACUAGAGUCUAGCUCUAGUAGAUUACCAAUUCUAUCUAGACUAGAUCUAGAUUAAAUUGGAAUCAUCAUGAUUCCAAAGUAUGUAAAAAUGUCAACAAAUGCCUCCUCCAGUGAGGAUUCUUUUCUCAUCCAAGCUGUUACAUCACGUGCACCGGAUAAAAUACAUGCUGCAGCAUAUAAUCUGUUGUUUAACAAAAAUCUCUACUCACAACGUGUUCUUGACUAUUGCCUUUUACGCUCAUCAAAAAAUGGACAUAUUGUCUUGGUGCGAUCCCUGCUGGCAGCUGGAGCUAACCUGGAGACCAGGGAUGGUAAACAAAACACACCUCUCCUUUUGUCAGUUUUGAACAAUCAGUUGAGAAUAACAAGUCUUCUGCUGCAGAAAGGAGCAGACCUGAAUGCCUCCAAUAGUGAUGGGGACACUGCCCUUAUUCUCUCCACAUUGUAUACAGCCUCAUACAGCACCACUCAACUUUUGCUGAACCAAACUUGUAUCAAUAAAGAGCACAGGAACUCCAAAGGCUUCACUGCUUUGGAGAGUGCCAUAAAAGUUUUUAACUUGGAGGCAAUCAAAUUGCUCAUUGAUGUCAAGGUGCCUAUGCCUUUCUAUGAUAAACACAGUAUUUUCUCAUUGCUGAACCAAUCAUCUUCAAAUCUGCAUGAGAAUUCCAUAAAAAAUGGCAUUUUGAAUGUAGUCAAGUAUUUUAAAUCAGAGAAAGAAACUGGAAAGCAAGCGUUAAUAACAGCUGCUGCUAAAAGAGAUUCAAGAGCUGUUCAUUUAAUAGUUAGCAUGGACAAUGCUGUGUUAAACUAUACCAAAAACACAUAUCUGCAAGCCAUUGUCCAGAUUCUAGAGUCACUUGUCAAUGCUACAGUCGGUGACGAUGACAUAAACACAGUAAGAAUGUUGACACAACAUUACUUACUCAUACAUCACAAUUAUGGUGACAAGGUUCUAGAAAAUUUGGCAGUAGAAUCAGCAGUUUCAGUUGGCAAUAAUGUCAUUCUCCAGCUGCUUUGUGAAAGCAAAUUUUUUAUAUCAAAUGCAAUUGUGGGUAGUCUAGCUGAAAGGGGGGCCACUUCUUUACUUCAAAUUCUGAUCAAACAUGGUGCUAAUGUGAACAAUGACAGUAAAAUUAUACGAUACCAGGGGUCGGCACUUGAACGGGCAAUGCUGAAGGAGCAGUUUGAUUGUGUCAAACUCUUGGUCAAUGCUGGAGCCGUUUUAAACAUAUAUGAUGCCUUGGAGAUGGCUGUGCAAUCAAAUAAGCAAAAAACUGUGGAGUUUUUGUUUGGUUCUUUUGCUGAAAGCAUAGAUGCAAAAGUUUUCUCUUCCAAUUUACUUCACUUAGCUGUCUCACAUGAAAAUACAGACAUUAUAAAAAUGUUGUUAGAUAAAGGAUUCAAUGUGAACCUGCAAUGUGAAGAUAAAACUCCACUGAUGUUGGCAGCCAGCCCUGCAAUUAUUGAUCUUCUAGUGUCAAGAGGAGCUGAUGUCAAUGCAACUAUAGCUCAGAAUCGGAAUACUCGAAAAGUUUUACAUUAUAUAGUUUCAGGUGCCUAUAAAAAAUAUCUAAGGUCUAAAUUUAGUCAAAAAAGUAAUAGAUGGAUAAAUAUGUGUCAUGCAACCAUUGUAGAACUGUUUAUUCAUCAUGGGGCAAGCAUCAUUGAGAAGGAUUAUAAUUCCAGAACACCUUUUCUAAUAGCAGCAGAGACCAGUGAUUCAAAAUAUGUCAUGAUGGUACUCCUGGAAGCUGGAGCCAAUCUUGAUGAACGCAUGCUUAGUGGAUGUAACGCCUUACAUGUGGCAGUUCAAUCUUGUAGAAAGGAGAAUGUUGCAUUCCUCUUGAAGCGUGGAGCUGAUAUUAACUCUUGCAAUAUAUUUGGACAGAAUGCUUUGUUUAUGUGUGAAGAUGAUGAGGUGAUGAAACUUUUGCUGUCCAAUAAUGCUGAUGUGAACGCAGUGGACACUGAUGGAAACAAUGCUUUGAUGUUUCAUUUAAUUAAAUGGUCUUAUGACUUUGACAUUGUUAAAGAGCUAAUUGCUGCGUCUGAUGUCAACCACAAGAGAAAAGAUGGCAAGACUCCAUUGCUUCUUGCAGCCAAGCGACUGGAGGCGGAUGUUAUAUCUCUGUUAAUUCAUAAAGGCGCUGAUGUCAACUACACUGUGGUGAGAAAUGGUGAGAAUAUUUCUGCAUUCACAAUAACUGUUUCAUAUGUUUGGAAUCAGAGCAAAGAGGCAAUGGAUUGUUUAAAUAUCUUACUAGACCAUGGUUUAAAUACCUCUUGUAUUCCAUCAUAUUUUAUUCACAGUUUGAUUUCUGUGGGUUGUUUCUCUUUAGUAACAAGAUUAAUUUCUCUUGGGAUAGCACCAUCUGUGAUUGAGUUAGAGACAAGUGUAUCUGCAUGGGUUAGGACUAAGUAUAUUUUCUCACCACUUGAUUCAGCAAUGUUGGUGCAAAAUAGCCACUUAGCACAGUUUUUGGUGGACAUUCGGUUUUUGACUCCAAAAGAUUUGCGUCUUUUGAGUGGGGACCCAGAAAGCAAAGAAUUUAUUGUUUCAGAAAGGAAUGAGAGUUUGGGUUAUCAGUCUUUCAGACAACCAUUGUCUCUGGAAACAUUAACUUUUGUGGCUGCGUCACAACUAUUUGGCCACGGGCAUGACAGGGUGAACAAAAUUUGUCAAAGUGGUCUCCCUAAACCUUUGCAGGAGGCCUUGAUGUUUCAAAAGGUCUCAAAUGAUCAGGGUUUGAAAGAUGAUUUCAAUAGAAAAAAUCUGCUUCUAUUCAAAACAGCAUUUAACCAUGCCAAGCUUAAGCCCCGUGGGGAUGGAUAUUUUAACAGGAUGUAUGGAAGCAUUAGAAUUGGCCUUGGGGAAAAUUAACCUUUGUUAUUUGCGACCAUAUAUUUAUGUCUCUCUAUAUAUAUAUAUCCUUAUGCUUACUAUGUAAGUGUUACCUAUACCAAUUUACUAGUUGCUGAGAAUUCCAUUUUGUUGUGGAUAAAAAUACACCAUAAAUAAAUUAACAAUGUUAAUUAAUAAUGACAGCUAUUUUCGUCCAAGUUAAGUAUAUAUAUGUAUAUAUGAUGGUGAUAGGUAACAAGAAACACUGUGUGUUUAUCACAAAAAUGCUAUAUCAAUAUUGAAACAUUUUAUGAGUGAAAAACUGAUUUCAUGCUUUUAGUGAAAUUAAAUGCUACUUAAAUUAGAAGAUCUUAUAUAAAGGAUACGAUAUUCAAGUUAAUCCUUUUGUUUUUAGAUAAGAUAUUCAAGUUAAUCCUUUUUUUUUAAACAUAUAAAAAUAUAACAAUGUUAAAGGAGCCUUUUUAAGAAAUUACUACAUGAUGAAAAUUCUCUUUAAUACUGAACUUGUGGAUGUAAACAUUUUGUAAAUUGUUUACUGUAUAUUUAGAGAGAUGUCUUUCAUGUAAUGUUUGCUGGUAAAAGUUUUAAAUGUUAUCACUAAUUUAUAUAUUAUAUUGAUUUGAUCUACAAACACUUCUGUACUAGUUGGAUGAAUCAUAUUUACCAGAAACCAAUAGGGUGGGUAUUGUGUUGUUGAACGUUGUACAAUGGUUGUGUCAAAGUAUCUCAAUUUCAAAAAUUUAUUCUGUUUUGUAGCUCAUUUUACUGAGUAAAAUACUACUUAUAAAAUAUUAAUUUGCUGUUACCAUUACAUAAAUCUUAUUUUUUUUUGUAACUUUUUUUUUUCUACCAGAGCGAUAUUGUUUUGAUUUAUUACAAAUGGUUAAUGUCAUGUCAGCGAUGCCUAACUUUUGGCCAAACGCCCCAAUCACACCUGUGGUGAGGAGCUAUCUGGUCCCUUGGAAGGUUUAUAUCAAAGUACAGAAAAUCAGUAUUUCCAAAAAUUUGUUACAUUGAAUUGCUCUAUGACUUGUUUGUGAAAUAAGGUGUAUGACC